AGCCCCGUGACUGCCAAAUCCUUCAGGGAUUGUCCAAACCAAGCUCCCCCGACAGUUGCUGGGCCCCAGAAUGGCUCUCUACAAGCUCCUGGUGAAAACCGGCAACUUCCUGCGCUCAGGCACCCUCGACUCGAUUUUUGUCACCUUGGUGGGCACCGAGGACAAGAGCCCCAAGACGAGACUGAACAGCUGGGGCAUAGAUUUCUACCCCGGAGCGGUGAAUGAAUACAGGGUCACCAGUGAACAUGACCUGGGAGAAAUUAUUCUGCUCCGUCUCCACAAAGAAUAUUUAAUUGAAAUCUUUUCCAAUAGCUGGUACUGUGAUUUUAUCAAAGUGAUGGGCCCGGAUGGGCGAACCUACCAUUUCCCCUGCUACCAGUGGCUGGAAGGCCGCCAGGUUCUGGAACUCAGGGAAGGGACAGCAAAAACACCAGCCAUGGAUAUAAUUCCCUUGCUCCAAAACCAUCGGAAGGAGGAAAUUUUGAAGAGGCAGGCUUCCUUCGACUGGAAGGUCUUUGAGACGGGCGUCCCCUACUGCCUUGACGUUGGCUCCAGCCUCGAACUGGAAAAGGACGUCAAGUUUUCUUUUGCAAAAGCAGCCCUGUUUAUCAAACGUGCGGCAGUCAAGCAGGUGGAACAUAGGCUGAGAGGUUACUCCAAUAGCCAAGAAUCCUGGGAAAACCUGGAUGACAUCAAGAAGGUUUUCUGGUUCACCAAGACAGAUGUUUCGGUGAGCAUCAUGGAACACUGGAAGGAAGACGUCCUCUUUGGGUACCUGUUCCUGAACGGACUGAACCCGACCAUGAUCCGGAAAUGCACAGAGAUCCCGCCCAAUUUCCCCGUGACCCAGGAGAUGGUGGCCGCGUCCCUUGGGGAUUCCACCACACUGCAGGGAGAACUGGAGAAGGGGAACAUUUUCCUGGUGGACUAUCGCAUCCUGGAGGGGGUCCCAGCGGGGCUGAAUAACGGCCGCCAGCAGUACAUCGCUGCCCCGCUCUGCCUGCUGCACCUCUCGGCAGCAGGGUAUCUCAUGCCCCUGGCCAUCCAGCUCAGCCAAACCCCAGGCCCCGAGGCCCCCAUCUUCCUACCGAGUGACUCCGAAUGGGACUGGAUUCUGGCCAAGACUUGGGUGCGCAACUCCGACUUCCAUGUUCACCAGAUUCUCACUCACCUGCUCAAGACGCACCUGUUAGCCGAGGUGUUUGCCAUGGCCAUCCUCCGCCAGCUGCCCAUGUGCCACCCACUUUUCAAGCUCCUGAUUCCACACAUGCGCUUCACCUUUCACAUCAACACGCUGGCCCGUGACCUCCUCAUAUCGAAGGGCGGUGUCUUUGAUAAGGCAACCGGCACGGCUUACCAGGGCUUGGUGAAGCUGCUGCAAAAGGGCACGGCGAUGAUGACCUAUUCCUCCCUCUGCCUCCCGGAGGAUCUCGAGGCUCGUGGGGUGUCCUCAUUGCCCAAUUUUUACUACCGAGAGGAUGGUUUGAAGAUCUGGGCAGCCGUCGAGAGCUUCGUCUCAGGCAUUGUCGAUCUGUACUACCAGAAUGAUUCUGCGGUGCAGGCAGAUUCUGAAUUGCAGCUUUGGAUAGAGGAAAUCUUCUCCAGAGGGUUCCUGGGACAAAAAUCUUCCGGCAUCCCUUCUUCAUUCAGUGCUGUGAAGGAGCUCAAAAAGUUCCUGACCAUGCUGAUUUAUACCUGCUCAGCUCAGCACUCUGCUGUCAACAGCGGACAGUUUGACAUCGGCGCCUGGAUGCCCAACCUUCCCUCCUCCAUGAGGAAGCCCCCACCGACGACCAAGGGCACAGCGACCCUGGAGAGCUACAAGGACACCCUCCCGGCAAUCAACACCACCGCCACCAUCCUGAGCACCCUCUGGCUGCUCAGUGCUGACCCGGGAGACAUGAUCCUCCUCGGGAAUUACCCGAACGAGCAUUUCACGGAGGAGAUGCCGAAAAGGCUCAUUGCGGACUUCCAGGGCCAACUGCAGCAGAUCUCGAAGGAAAUUGAGGCGCGGAACAAGCUCCUCGCCAACAGGAAGGAACCGCUUCCUCGCAUCUACCUGUAUCUUUUCCCGCCUCUGGUAGAAAACAGUGUCUCCAUAUAAGCGGUGGGGAUGGGAGUCCGUGAGGGGCAAAACACACCUUGAGUAGAGGCAUGCUGGGCUCUUAAAAAUUGGGGUGUUGGGUGAAUUAUUUUCUCAGAAGUGUAUGCC